UAAUUUGUGAUUAUUUGGAAAGUUCCAAUCAAGUUAUUCACAUAAACAAUGAAAAAUUAAUAGUUAUAUGAACUGGUAGCUCGUUGCUGCUAAAAUCUCAAAAUUCUAGUAUGCUUUUUUGAUUUGAAAAAAAUUCAAAGAUUUGAUGAAUUUAAUGACAUAGUUUUCUAACUAAGAACCAACCAAUUAUGACCAACUAUACUUCAAAGUACUUAUCAUAUCCAAACAAGUCCGCCUUACUUAGCGAUUUUCAAGGAAAAAAAAUUCAUGAAUUACCAACCCCUUCUAUAAUAAUCAACAAGGAAAUUUUUGAAGUUAAUUCCAAUCAUAUGUUAGAGAAUGCCCAUAACUUAAAAGCAGAAUUCAGAGCUCACAUCAAAACUCAUAAGACAAUUGAAGGUUCAAAAUUGCAAUUAGGUACCUCCCAAUGGUCUACCUCAAAGUUAAUUGUGUCAACUUUAGCAGAAGCUUGGAAUUUAUUACCAUUAGUGGAAACUGGAGUCGUAAAUGAUAUCUUGUUUAGUUUACCAGUAGUUAAAUCAAGAUUAGAUGAAUUGGCUGAUUUAGCUGGAAAAGUUCCUAAUUUCAGGUUAUUGUUAGAUAACGAAGAGCAAGUUCAUAUGUUGGUAAAAUAUCGUGAAGAGAAUCCAAGCAUUAAACCAUGGUCAAUUUUUGUAAAAAUCGACAUGGGUACUCACAGAGCAGGUCUUAUUAAUGACAGUGUUACACUUGACAACAUUCUCGUUAAGCUCUUACGAUAUGAUAAUGUCAAAGAACAUGUUCAAGUUUAUGGUUUCUACUGUCAUGCCGGUCAUUCAUAUUCAUCAAAUUCAAUUUCAUCAGCUAAGAAAUUAUUGUUUGAAGAAAUCGAACAUGCCAAUAAAGCUGCUAAAUUAGCAUUAGAUUUCGAACCAGAUUUGACAUUGACUUUAUCUGUGGGAGCUACUCCAACAGCACAUGCUUCUCAUAUACUAACUCACCAAGAAUUAUCUCAACAUUUCAAAAAUGGAUUGCAUGGUACUUUAGAAUUACAUGCUGGAAAUUAUCCAUGUUGCGAUUUACAACAAUUAGCUACAGAGUGUGUCACUCAAGAUAAUGUUUCCAUUUCUGUUUUAGCAGAAGUUGUUUCUACAUAUCAUAGUAGAGGUGAAAAAGUCCCCGGUGAACAAUUAAUUAAUGCCGGUGUACUUGCUAUGUCAAGAGAAUCAGGCCCCAUAAACGGUUAUGGAAAGAUAGUAUCACCAAAAGGAUUUGAUGAUUGGUCUAUUGGUAGACUUUCUCAAGAACAUGGUAUACUCGUUCCAAGUUCUGAUGAUUGUAAGUUUAUUCCAAUAGGAACAAAAGUCCGCAUAAUUCCACAACAUGCAUGUAUUACAGCUGCUUGUCAUCCAUGGUAUUUUAUUGUCGAUAACGAGGAUACAGUUGUUGAUAUUUGGGUGCCCUUCAGAGGUUGGUAGAAAAAGUUAUCUAAAAAUGGUUAAUAAAAGUUACACAAUUUAUAAAAGUUUAUAGUCUGGGAAUGUAUAUUUACAAGUUUAAUUAUUUCUAUGUAUAACAAGUUUAAGCUAAUGCAGCUUUUGGUCUACCGAUCAACUUAGCUUUUCUUGUAGCUUCAUCGAAAACUCUUUGAGCAACAACGUCUUUUGGAAUGUUUUCUGGAUCAAUGUCUUCAAUGACAGAUCCUGGAACAUCGUACGGAACAAAUGAUGGUAAGAAACGAUUGGUUAAUGAUUGUCUUUCAGACACGGAAAAUAUACCUGCAGUAUUGAUUAAUCUAGAAACUUCUGUCUU